CCUGACGGGCUGCAGCCGUCGUCCCCAUGAAGCGGAAGAGCGAUCGGCGGCCGAGCUGGGCCGCCGCGCCCCCCUGCUCGCGGCGCUGCUCGUCCACCUCGCCCGGCGUCAAGAAGAGCCGCAGCUCCACGCCGCAGGAGCUGCACGACCUGGACCAGGACGACCUGUACCUGGACAUCACCGAUCGCCUUUCUUUUGCCAUUCUCUACAGCAGACCAAAGAGUGCAGCCAAUGAACAUUAUUUCAGCAUAGAUAAUGAACUUGAAUAUGAGAACUUUUAUGCAGACUUCGGACCACUCAAUCUGGCAAUGGUUUACAGAUAUUGUUGCAAGAUAAAUAAGAAAUUAAAGUCCAUUACAAUGCUAAGGAAGAAAAUUAUUCAUUUUACUGGCUCAGAUCAGAGAAAACAAGCAAAUGCUGCUUUCCUUGUUGGAUGUUAUAUGGUUAUAUAUUUGGGGAGAACUCCAGAAGAUGCAUAUAGAAUAUUAAUCUUUGGGGAUACGUCCUAUAUCCCUUUCAGAGACGCUGCCUAUGGAAGUUGCAAUUACUAUAUUACACUGCUUGACUGUUUCCAUGCGGUAAAGAAGGCGAUGCAGUACGGCUUCUUUGAUUUCAACACGUUCAACCUUGAUGAAUAUGAGCAUUAUGAGAAAGCAGAAAAUGGAGAUUUGAAUUGGAUCAUACCAGGCCGGUUUAUUGCCUUCUGUGGACCUCACGCAAGAUCCAGGCUUGAAAGUGGUUACCACCAACAUUCUCCAGAAACGUACAUUCCGUAUUUUAAGAAUCACAACGUCAGCACCGUUAUUCGCCUGAAUAAGAGGAUGUAUGAUGCGAAACGCUUCACGGAUGCAGGCUUUGACCACCACGACCUUUUCUUUGCGGAUGGCAGCACCCCUACUGAAGCCAUUGUCAAAGAGUUUCUGGAUAUCUGUGAAAAUGCCGAGGGCGCCGUUGCUGUUCACUGCAAAGCGGGCCUCGGCCGAACGGGCACUCUGAUAGCCUGCUACAUCAUGAAGCAUUACAGGAUGACGGCAGCCGAGACCAUUGCCUGGCUCAGAAUCUGCAGGCCUGGUUCCGUGAUCGGGCCUCAGCAGCAGUUCCUGGUGAUGAAGCAAACGAGCCUGUGGCUGGAAGGCGACUAUUUCCGUGAGAAGUUGCGCGGGCAGGAGAACGGGCAGCACAAAACGUCCUUCUCCAGGCUGGUCUCUGCCGUCGAUGACAUCUCCAUCCACGGGGUGGAGAACCGAGACAAGCAAGAAGCAGAACCGUACAGCGAUGACGACGGCGUGAACGGCGUGACGCAAGGCGACAGGCUGCGGGUUCUGAAGAGCCGAAGACAGCCAAAGACCAAGGCCAUCCCCCUCACAGUAAUUCUGCAGUCCAGUGUUCAGAGCCGUAAACCGUCUGAACCUGACGCUCCUGGCAAUGCUGGCAUUGCUCACAGAGCCACCAGGUCUGCUUCAAGGAGGAGCAGUUUGAAAAGCCUGGUUCCGCAGAGGGACAGAAGGAAAAGGAGUGCUUUGCGACAAGCGCCCGUGGCGGCAUGCUGUCCCUCCAUUUCAAGGACUAAAACAGUCUUGCGCUAAAGUAAGGAGGACGGCUGUGGGAGCAGCAAGCCGUGACCAGACUUGGCACAGCUCCUCCGUGAUGAAAACAGUUCCAGCAGCCGUAGGCACUUUCCACCUAAGAAGUUGAUCUCAGUGAAGACAGCGGCCGCUGGAGCUGGAAUCGAACUCGUGACUUGCUGAGUUGGGCUGGUGAGCGGGCGCUUUGAAGAAGCGCCCAGCUCUGUAGCCUCAGCUCACGUGGAACUGCAGAAAAGCUGUUGUGAAUUCAGUCUCAGGUGUAAAUACGUGGGCCCUCUGGGGUACAGAGCGUCCCCUGCUGCCGCCCACCCGUGCAGUGUGCGUGGGUGCGUGCGUGCGUGCGUGUGAGUGUGUGUGUGUGUGUGUGUCCUGCGAUGGCAAUCAGGCAGGCCCCCGGCCUGGGGGAGACCGGAGGCCCCCGGCGAUGCUUCUCGAAUGUGAUGACAAUUUCACAUUCGUGCAUCUGUCGCACAGUGGGGACAUUAACUCCGUGAAAUGCCCCAAGCUGCUCGUCUUCCACCAAAGUGCUUUAUUACCCCGUCUGUGGAAGCCAGCACGCGUGUCCUGGCGUCCGGGUCGGCUUCUGCUCCGGAGAGCGGGUGAGCAAGCGCCUUCCAUCAGCAACUCGGGAGACAAGCCGGAC